AUGUCGUCCGCAAUCGCCGCCGCCGGCAAGCCAUCGGGAUCCGCCUCCGCCAUCGUCGGCACCUCGGCGAGAGGGUAUCAUACCCUCAAGAUCGACGGUUACUGGUGCACCAAGGUGACCCCCACGGGUGAGUUCCUCCAAUCCAGCCAAUUCUCCGUCGGCGGCCGUUGCUGGCGCAUCAACUAUUACCCCAAUGGCAUGGACUCCCAAACAGCGGGUUAUAUAUCAAUUUACCUCAAGCUCGAUGAAAUUGCAACCGAGGAUGUGAAGGCGAUGUUCACUAUUGGUUUCGCCAAGGUGCCUGAGAAGCGACUGCCGUGGCCGUGGGCAUGCACACCUGUAAGUGUUUUUGGUGGUGAGCAAAUGCGGGGCUAUCCGAAGUUCAUCAAGAGGGAGGAUUUGGAGAAGUCGGAGUAUCUCAAGGACGAUUCUUUCACAAUCAGGUGUGAGAUCGUCGUCGUCCAGGACAUCUGCACCAAAGAGGCCAGAGCUCCAAAGUUUGUCACUGUGCCCCCACCUCAGCUGAACCAGCACCUCGGUGAUCUCCUCAAGACCGGCAAGGGCGCCGACGUUGUGUUUGAGGUAGGCGGUGAGUCGAUUGCGGCACACCGUUGCGUGCUUGCGUCCCGGUCGUCAGUCUUCAAUGUGGAGCUCUUUGGUGCUAUGAAAGAGGGCAACACAGCCAGUGUCAUACGCAUAGAUGACAUGGAGGCACAGGUGUUCAAGGCAUUGCUCUACUUUGCCUACACUGAUUCGUUGCUAGAGACAGAAAAAGAAGAUGAAGAAGCCAUGUACCCGCAUCUGCUCGUUGCGGCCGACAUGUAUGAUAUGGAGAGGCUAAAGCUGAUUUGUGAGGAAAAAUUAUGUGAGCACAUCAAAAUAGACUCUGUUCCGACCAUCCUGGCACUUGCUGAGAAGUACCAUUGCAAUGGGCUGAAGAAGGCAUGCUUUGAUUUUCUCAGCUGCCCGGCACGUCGGAGCGCAGUCGUGUCCACUGAUGGCUUCAAGCAUUUGUAUAAGAGCUUUCCUUCUCUUGUGAUGGAGCUGAUUUCCAUGCCCUCGCCACCUUAG